GGCCGCCGCGGCGGUUACGGUCCCGCGCCAGGUCCGGCGGAGUAACUGAAGGGCCGUGCUGCUGCGGGCUCUGUCGGCGCGAUGAGUGCCACGCAGCCGCGAGCGUCGAGCUUCUCCCACCGCCGGUCGAGGGAAAGGUAUCAACCCUUCUGCUUCACGGUGAAAGGCCACGUGAAGUUGCUGCGGCUGGUGCUAACUGUGACGACUUUGAUCUUUUUUAUUGUUGCACAAGCCCCUGAACCAUAUAUUGUUAUCACUGGAUUUGAAGCCACCGUUACUUUCUUUUUCAUAAUUUUGUAUUUAUUCAGACUUGAUCGAUUAAUGAGAUGUUUAUUUUGGCCUUUGCUUGAUGUUGUCAACUCAUUUGUAGCAACAGUAUUCAUGAUAAUAAUAUCUGUGUUGGCACUGAUACCAGAAACUACAACCUUGACAGUCCUUGGAGGGGUGUUUGGAUUCCUGACAGCAGUGUGUUGUAUUGGGGAUGCGGUUCUUAUUUACCGGAAGCUUCUUCUUAAUCCAGGAGGUCCUUAUCAGAAAAAGCCAUCUCAUGACCAAAAACAUAUUUUUUAGUUUUAUAUUCUUUUUUAGUUGAUGCAAAGUAUUAAAAAUAUGUAUUUAUU